AUGGACAAUAAUGGCUCCCGCUCUUGUGCUUACCCUAAAUCACUGCAGGCCCAGCUGGUCACAGGUAUGAAGCAGGAGCUGCUGAUGUGUGAUCCUCCCCUUGAAUUAUUGUCUUUCUAUAUGACUCCAUCCCAUCAUCAAGUUGUAUUUGAAGGCGACAGCCUUCCUUUCCAGUGCAUGGCUUCAUAUAUUGAUCAGGACAUGCAAGUGUUAUGGUAUCAGGAUGGGCGAAUAGUUGAAACUGAUGAAUCGCAAGAUAUCUUUGUUGAAAAGAACAUGAUUCACAACUGCUCGCUGAUUGCAAGUGCCCUAACCAUUUCUAAUAUUCAGGCUGGUUCUACUGGAAAUUGGGGUUGUCAUGUCCAGAGCGAAUGCAGGAACAAUACGAGGACUGUCAAUAUUGUGGUAUUAGAAAGUUCCACACAGUACUGCCCUCUGGAGAGGGUGGUCAACAACAAAGGGGACUUCAGGUGGCCCAGAACCUUGGCAGGCAUUACUGCGUAUUUGCAGUGUGCUCGUAACAGUCACGGCAGUGGGAUAUAUCCUGGAAACCCGCAGGAUGAGAGGAAGGCUUGGCGCAGAUGUGAUAGAAGUGGCUUCUGGGCAGACGACGAUUAUUCUUGCUGCCAGUAUGCAAAUGAUGUCACUAGAGUUCUUUAUAUGUUUAAUCAGCUAGGUGAUGUGAUGGUUGACAUUGCAAGUAACAUCAUGUUGGCUGACGAGCGUGUCCUGUGGCUGGCACAGAGGGAAGCUAAAGCCUGCAGUAGGAUCAUUCAGUGUCUACAGAGAAUCGCUACAUACCGCCUAGCGAAUGGAGCUCAUGUUUAUUCAACGUACUCACCCAAUAUUGCCCUGGAAGCUUAUGUCAUCAAGGCUACUGGUUUUACUGGGAUGACCUGUACCAUGUUCCAGAAAGUGGAAACCUCUGACCGAACUGGACUUUCUGAUUAUGGGAGGCGGGAUCCAGAUGGAAACCUAGAUAAGCAGCUGAGCUUUAAGUGCAAUGUUUCAAAUACAUUUUCAAGCCUGGCACUUAAGAAUACAAUUGUGGAGGCUUCUAUUCAGCUUCCUCCUUCCCUUUUCUCACCAAAACAAAAAAGAGAAGUCAGACCAACUGAUGAGUCUCUAUACAAGCUCCAACUCAUUGCAUUCCGCAAUGGGAAGCUUUUCCCAGCAACCGGAAAUUCAACAAAUUUGGCUGAUGAUGGAAAACAAUGCACAGUGGUUAUGCCCAUGAUUCUCAAGAAAAUAGAUGGUGUGAACAUAGAUAUCCACCCCAUCCCUGUGAAUGUGACACUGCGUCGAAUCACACAUGGAGCAGAUGCCAUUGCAGCCCAGUAGGAUUUUGAUUUGCUGAAUGGACAAGGUGGCUGGAAGUCAGAUGGGUACCAUAUUCUCUACUCAGAAGAAAAUAGCACUAUGAUUCAGUGCUACACCCUUAGUAACUAUGUGGUUUUAAUGGAUUUGACGGGAUCUGAACUAUACUCCCAGGCAGCCAUUCUCUUGCAUCCCGUUGUUUACACUACUGCUGUAAUUCUUCUCCUGUGUCUCUUGGCAGUCAUUGGCAGUUACAUAUACCAUCACAGUUUGAUUAGACUCAGUCUUAAGAGUUGGCACAUGCUUGUGAACUUGUGCUUUCAUAUUUUCCUGACCUGUGUGGUUUUUGUGGGAGGCAUAACUCAAACAAGAAAUGCAAGUGUCUGCCAAGCAGUUGGGAUAAUUCUUCAUUAUUCCACUCUUGCCACAGUCCUUUGGGUGGGAGUGACAGCUCAAAAUAUCUAUAUACAAGUCACUAAAAAAGCUAAAAGGUGCCAGGAUCCUGAGGAGCCUCCACCUCCACCCAGACCAAUGCUCAGUUUUUACCUGAUUGGCGGUGGCAUUCCCAUCAUAGUUUGUGGCAUAACAGCAGCAGCAAACAUCAAGAAUUAUGGCAGUCGGCCAAGUGCACCCUAUUGCUGGAUGGCGUGGGAACCCUCCUUGGGAGACUUCUAUGGGCCUGCUAGCUUCAUCACUUUCGUAAACUGCAUGUACUUUCUAAGCAUAUUUAUUCAGUUGAAACGGCACCCCGAACGCAAAUAUGAGCUUAAAGAGCCCACCGAGGGACAGCAAAGACUGGCAGUCAGUGAAAAUGGUGAAAUAAAUCAUCAGGAUUCAAUGUCUCUGUCCCUGAUUUCUACAUCAGCAUUGGAAAAUGAGCACACUUUUCAUUCUCAACUCUUGGGGGCCAGCCUCACUUUGCUCUUAUAUGUUGCUUUGUGGAUGUUUGGGGCCUUGGCUGUUUCCUCAUAUUACCCUCUGGACCUGGUUUUUAGCUUCUUUUUUGGAGCUACGUGUUUAAGCUUCAGUGCCUUCAUCAUGGUUCACCAUUGUGUUAACAGGGAGGAUGUGAGACUUGCUUGGAUCUUGACUUGCUGCCCAGGAUGGAGCUUGUAUUCAGUGCAAGUCAACAUCCAGCCCCCCAGUUCCAGUGGGACAAAUGGAGAGCCCCCCAAGUGCACCAACAGCAGUGCAGAAUCUUCCUGCACAAACAAAAAUGCAUCAAACUUUAAAAAUUCCUCCCAAGGCCGCAAAUUAACAAAUCUGCAUGCUGCUGCAGCUCAGUGCCUUACCAGUUCUCUACCUUUGAACUCCAUGCCUCAGCUGGAUAAUAGUCUGACAGAACAUUCGAUGGACAGUGAUAUUAAAAUGCAUGUGGCACCUUUAGAAGUUCAGUUUUGAACAAAUGUGCACCCAGCUCGCCAUCAUAAAAACAGAAGUAGGGGACACCGGGCAAGCAGACUCACAGUCCUAAGAGAAUAUGCCUAUGAUGUCCCAACAAGCAUGGAAGGAAGUGUGCUGAACAGCUUACCUAAAAGCCGGCCUGGCAGUAACGAAGGACACUCACGGAGUUGGGGAGCUUAUUUAGCCUACAGAGAGAGGGAGUACAACUCAUCCCAACAAGAUAGCAGUGAUGCCUGUAGCACACUUCCCAAAAGCAGCAGAAACUUUGAACAAUGGCUGACAAAGGGCACGGUCCCACACAGUCCUGGAAAGGAAAACGCGGGGGCCAAGUUUCCUUUCCUCCGCCCCUUGUCGAGGCCGGUCAUUCCCAUGUCAUCGACACGCGUGUCCAUCAUGGAUUGUAAACGCUCCGAGGAGCUUUUCGGACGGGCCGGGAGUCUCCGGCGUGCGACAGCCUCAUUUGGGCCACAACCCCGCAGCCUGAGCCCACCGGGGGAGUCUCGGUUCUCGGCUCCGGCCCCUGCUCCCCGAAUUCUCCGGCUGGGUGGAUGA